AUGGCCGCUCCUAUCGUCGCGCUUUUGGAGUCUCUCGGGCAGCCUCGGCAACGCAUCUUUCGGGACGCAUUUGUCGAGCUUACCGAGGAAGAGUUCCGCGACCACUUCAGGCUCUCGAAGCGCACUGUGCGCUGGCUCUGCGAGCAACUGGAAGACGCCAUCGGUGGCCUUCGGACCGGUGGCAUCACGACGCAAGACAGGGUGCUUUGUGCUCUCCGUUUCUUCGCGACGGGGAGCUUCCAAAGAUCCAUCGGCAGCGAAGAAUUCGUAUCCAUGGGGCAAGCUUCCGUGAGCGAAAGCAUUCACGCAGUUGCGGAAGCAAUAACCGUGGUGGGCCGGCAACAGGGCUGGGUGAGCUUCCCGUUGACAACGGCCGGCAAGGCUAGUGCAAAGGCGGCCUUUGCGGAUCGGGGCCGCAUUCCCGGUGUAGUGGCCUGUGUCGACGGGACGCUCAUAGCGAUCAAACAGCCCGAAGGACUCGGCCCGGGCUAG